ACACAAGAACAACACGAGAACAACAUUAGUGUUUUGUUAGAGAUUGAUUUGUGGUAGUUUAGCCUUGCGGUGAUUUUGGAUCAUAGAUGGAUAAGAAAACAAGAGAUAAAGAAGCAGGUGGAGCGAGCAGUGAUGAAGACGAAGCUUUCGAAAGCGCAGAUGAAGGAGAGGAAGGCUCCAAAAGUUCGAGACCGUCAUUCGCCACGUCAGCUGGAGAUGAUUCCUCAAAUUCCACGUCGAAAGAACUGGUUGGCAAGAAUGAUACGUCAGAAAAACCUCUGGCUAUUUCAGCGCGCGAUAAGAAUUCGGAAACAACAGAACUAGAUAAGGAGGUCCCUAAAAUGGCCGAAAAUAUGGCAGAAGAAACGAAGGCAGCUGAGGAUACUGCUGAGGAUAUCCCCAGCGUUGUUACGGAAAGCUCUCCAAAAGAUGUGUCUGGUAACAGCGAAGAGGGAAAUAAGGAAGAAACUGACAGCAGUUCAAUUAAAGACACCGAGGAUGAAAAAAGAGAUGCUGAAGUUGAGAAAGAGAAUGAACAGAAACAAGAGAGUGGUGAAGAGAAAUCAUCUACGACUGGGAUGGAACAAGCAGAGGAAAGUUCAGCCGAAAGAGAUAGUCAAGGACAAAAUGAGCAAUCGUCUGUUGUAUUAGACCAAAAACCUUUUAAAGAAAAUGUGGAAUCAUACACCAGUUCAGCUGGUGAUAUUGAACCUAUCAGGUACUCUGUGCUCGUGUGAAUGAUGCUUAAUUUUGUUGUACAUAAUAAAUUAUUGCAUGGUGGAUGGGAGGUGGUGGUGGGGGGUGGGGUGCUAUUUUCACCGAUAGACCACUAUUUUCCACUAUUUCCUUUACCUAUACUUUUAUAUAUCAAUGAAAUGAUAUGAAAAUGUUCAAAACCGAAGUAGAACCACCUACCAUAGAUGUCUUGAGUAGUUUAUCUUUAAUGUUUUGAACAUUUUAAAGUACAACCACCAACCAUUUAUUUGUGACGUUAAAAAAUGUUUACAUAAACAGAAUAUAUUGAAGUAGAUCAGGCUAGGUGAAGUCAUCUUAUAUUUAAGCUGUUGAUUAAUAAGCAUGCAAGAAUUUAGGCUUCCUUCUGAUGAAAAGUUACCGCAUACAUUAUCAACAGUUUGCGGCCUGUCCCAUUCGAAUGCUGUAACUUUUUAAAAAUAUUUUUGUUGUACAGCUCAACACAGAAGCCAGCUAAAGAGACUUCUUCUUCCAGUGGGGGCUGGGGAUGGGGAGGAUGGGCUUCAGUACUGUCCCAAGCUACAGCCUCUGUGACGUCAGGUCUGUCUUCCGUUAUUGAGACAGUAGAGACCUCAUUAGGUGUUCCUGACCCUGAAGAAAUGGCACGUAAGGUACGGGAAGAAGAACAAGCAGUGAAAGAGAAAGCAUUGGAGAAAAGAAAAGAGGAUGAAAGCCUUGUGGAAAGCAACAAUGAAAAUGUAAAUAAAGAUGUUGCAUCAGGUUGGUAUAGACAAAAUAAUGUGAAUGAAAAAAAUAUAUUUGACUGAAGUUGAGUGCAAGACAUUCUCAUUAGCAGCAGUCCAUUGGGAAGCAAAAUAAAAACCUAUGCUGAAACAAAGAAUAAUCUGUUUCCCCCUUAAUUUUUAGCAUUUAGCCAUGCUAGCUACAAAGGUUAUCUUCUUACUAUUUGAAAUACUGUAAAAUUUGGAGUCCUGUAGUGUCCUAUUUUUUGACCGCUUGCUGGAAUACAUUCAUGGUGUUUUGUGUUGUUGUUUUUUUGGGUAUAAGAUCUGUUUUCAUUUUCUUUUAGUAGCAAGCAGGGACUGCCAUCUGAAACCACUUGCUCUUUCACAGGGCAACUGAGAAGGAGUUUGUUCCCAGCUAGUAGACUGGUUACUAUACCUACAUGCAUCUCUCUAGUCGGCAAUAUCUUCUAGAAGUAGUUGUCGUCAGUAAAAUGUAUUUUCUUUUUUUUUUAAGCAGCUGGUGAAUCGUUCUUUUCUGCAUUUGGUGUAUCAAGUUUAACAAGUGUAGUGCAGAACACUGGGAAAGAUUUAAUGUCAGGUGGACUUGAUGCCUUAGAGUUUAUUGGUAAAAAGACAAUGGAUGUUCUUGCUGAAGGAGAUCCUGGAUUGAGACAAAAAAGAGAAAAACUUACAGGCAAAGGAGCAUCCCUGUCCCAGGUAUCACUUUUUCUAUUUUACCAGCAAUUAUGUGAAACACUUAGUUUCACAGAGAGUUAUUUUUAUUUUUUGAUUGCAAGAACAUAUUUAGAAUUUAACGUUUAAUGCAUUCAUGUUUUAAAAGAAUAAGAAUGAAGAAAUAAGUUAAAUAUAACAACAAAAACAGUUGGCUUUGUUGGCUGAAUUGCAUUCUACUUGGAGACUGAUCUUUUGAAUGCAAGCCCUCUGAACCAAUAGUUAUCGACUCACUAGGUAGACGUUUUAAGACAAAUUCUCAUUAGUAAAGGACCCUUACAUAGAUUUUUGAUGAAACUUGGUUGACUGAUGUGACAAGUUAAAAUGUAGUAAAAAGUGGGGAUCUCUCUGCUCAUUUUCAUGGUACAAUGCGAGAAUUUCUUUGUCUCUUAUAAAUAAUAUGAAACAAAGGAAAUUCUGUAUCAAACUGGGGUGCUGUACUGAAUUAACCUGAGAAUGGGUUUAACCUUAAUUUUUCCUAAAUUUUGACCAUCUUAUAUGUGAUCUCAGAUUUUAAAGGAGGCAAGGGAAGAGUCAGAACAAAAAGCGGCAGCAUCUGAAGGGGGACCUGAGAAGACCACGCCCACUGUGGACCUGUUGAGUGAGUUUGACAAGUUCCAAGGACUUGCUCAUUUGGAAGCACUAGAGAUGUUGUCACGUGACAGUGAGGUUAAGGUGAGUUCCUCAAAUUCCACGUCGAAAGAACUGGUUGGCAAGAAUGAUACGUCAGAAAAACCUCUGGCUAUUUCAGCGCGCGAUAAGAAUUCGGAAACAACAGAACUAGAUAAGGAGGUCCCUAAAAUGGCCGAAAACAUGGCAGAAGAAACGAAGGCAGCUGAGGAUACUGCUGAGGAUAUCUCCAGCGUUGUUACGGAAAGCUCUCCAAAAGAUGUGUCUGGUAACAGCGAAGAGGGAAAUAAGGAAGAAACUGACAGCAGUUCAAUUAAAGACACCGAGGAUGAAAAAAGAGAUGCUGAAAUUGAGAAAGAGAAUGAACAGAAACAAGAGAGUGGUGAAGAGAAAUCAUCUACGACUGGGGUGGAACAGGCAGAGGAAAGUUCAGCCGAAAGAGAUAGUCAAGGACAAAAUGAGCAAUCGUCUGUUGUAUUAGACCAAAAACCUUUCAAAGAAAAUGUGGAAUCAUACACCAGUUCAGCCAGUGAUAUUGAACCUAUCAGGUACUCUGUGCUCGUGUGAAUGAUGCUUAACUUUGUAGUACAUCAUAAAUUAUUGCAUGGUGGAUGGGUGGUGGUGGUGGGGGGUGGGGUGCUAUUUUCACCAAAAGACCACUAUUUUCCACUAUUUCCUUUACCUAUACUUUUAUAUAUCAAUGAAAUGAUAUCAAAAUGUUCAAAACAGAAGUAGAACCACCUGCCAUAGAUGUCUUGAGUAGUUUAUCUUCAAUGUUUUGAACAUUGUAAAGUACAACAACCAACCAUUAUUUUAUUUGCCACGUUAAAAAAUGUUUACAAAAACAGAAGAACUUGAAGUAGAUCAGGCAAGGUGAAGUCAUCUUAUAUUUAAGCUGUUGACUAAUAAGCAUACAAGAAUUUAGGCAUCCUUCUGGCCCCGGUUGUUCGAAAGCUGGAUAGCGCUAUCCACCGGAUAAAUCUCUAUCCAGAGGAUAAGUAUUAGGGAAACCGAUUGCACUAUCCAUUGGAUAGAGAUUUAUCCGCUGGAUAGCGCUAUCCAGCCUUUGAACAACCGAGGCCUGAUGAAAAGUUACUGCAUACAUCACCAACAAUUUGCAGUCUGUCCCAUUCGAAUGCUGUAACUUUAUAAUUAAAUAUUUUUGUUGUACAGCUCAACACAGAAGCCAGCUAAAGUGACUUCUUCUUCCAGUGGGGGCUGGGGAUGGGGAGGAUGGGCUUCAGUACUGUCCCAAGCCACAGCCUCUGUAACAUCAGGUCUGUCUUCCGUUAUUGAGACAGUAGAGACCUCGUUAGGUGUUCCUGACCCUGAAGAAAUGGCACGUAAAGUAAGGGAGGAAGAACAAGCAGUGAAAGAGAAAGCACUGGAGAAAAGAAAAGAGGAUGAAAGCCUUGUGGAAAGUAACAAUGAAAAUGUGAAUAAAGAUGCUGCAUCAGGUGGGUAUAGACAAAAAUUAAUAACGUGAAUGAAAAAAAUAUAUUUGACUGAAGUUUAGUGCAAGACAUUCUCAUUAACAGCAGUCCAUUGGAAGCAAAAUAAAAACCUAUGCUGAAACAAAGAAUAAUUUGUUUUCCCCUUAAUUUUUAGCAUUUAGCCAUACCAGCUACAAAGGUUAUCUUCUUACUAUUUAAAAUACUGUUAUAUUUGGAGUCCUGCAGUGUCCUAUUUUUUGACCACUUGCUGGAAUACAUUCAUGGUGUUUUGUGUUGUUAAUUUUUGGGUAUAAGAUCUGUUUUCAUUUGCUUUUAGUAGCAAGCAGGGACUGCCAUCUGAAACCACUUGCUCUUUCACAGGGCAACUGGGAAGGAGUUUGUUCCCAGCUAGUAAACUGGUUACUAUACCUACAUGCAUCUCUCUAGUCGGCAAUUUCUUCUAGAAUUAGUUGUUGUCAGUAAAAUGUAUUUUCUGUUUUUUUAAGCAGCUGGUGAAUCGUUCUUUUCUGCAUUUGGUGUAUCAAGUUUAACAAGUGUAGUGCAGAAUACUGGGAAAGAGUUAAUGUCAGGUGGACUUGAUGCCUUAGAGUUUAUUGGUAAAAAGACAAUGGAUGUUCUUGCUGAAGGAGAUCCUGGAUUGAGACAAAAAAGGGAAAAACUUACAGGCAAAGGAGCAUCCCUGUCCCAGGUAUCACGCAUUCUAUUUUACCAGCAAUCAUACGUAACACUUAGUUUUGCAGAGAGCUAUUUUUAUUUUUUGAUCGCAAGAACAUAUUUGGAAUUUAAUGUUUAAUGCAUUCAUGUUUUAAAAGAAUAAGAAUGAAGAAAUAAAUUAAAUAUAACAACAAAAACAGUUGGUUUUAUUGGCUGAAUUGCAUUCAACUUGGAGACUUAUCUUUUGAAUGCAGGCCCUCUGAACCAAUAGUUAUCAACUCACUAGGUAAACAUUUAAAGACAAAUUCUCAUUAGUAAAGGACCCUUACAUAGAUUUUUGAUGAAACUUGGUUGACUGAUGUGACAAGUUAAAAUGUAGUAAAAAGUGGGGAUCUCUCUGCUCAUUUUCAUGGUACAAUGCUAGAAUUUCUUUGUCUCUUAUAAAUAAUAAUAUGAAACAAAGGAAAUUCUGUAUCAAACUGGGGUGCUGUACUGAAUUAACCUGAGAAUGGAUUUAACCUUAAUUUUUCCUAAAUUUUCACCAUCUUAUAUGUGAUCUCAGAUUUUAAAGGAGGCAAGGGAAGAGUCAGAACAAAAAGCAGCAGCAUCUGAAGGGGGACCUGAGAAGACCACGCCCACUGUGGACCUGUUGAGUGAGUUUGACAAGUUCCAAGGACUUGCUCAUUUGGAAGCACUAGAGAUGUUGUCACGUGACAGUGAGGUUAAGGUGAGNAAUAAGUUAAAUAUAACAACAAAAACAGUUGGCUUUGUUGGCUGAAUUGCAUUCUACUUGGAGACUGAUCUUUUGAAUGCAAGCCCUCUGAACCAAUAGUUAUCGACUCACUAGGUAGACGUUUUAAGACAAAUUCUCAUUAGUAAAGGACCCUUACAUAGAUUUUUGAUGAAACUUGGUUGACUGAUGUGACAAGUUAAAAUGUAGUAAAAAGUGGGGAUCUCUCUGCUCAUUUUCAUGGUACAAUGCGAGAAUUUCUUUGUCUCUUAUUAAUAAUAUGAAACAAAGGAAAUUCUGUAUCAAACUGGGGUGCUGUACUGAAUUAACCUGAGAAUGGGUUUAACCUUAAUUUUUCCUAAAUUUUGACCAUCUUAUAUGUGAUCUCAGAUUUUAAAGGAGGCAAGGGAAGAGUCAGAACAAAAAGCGGCAGCAUCUGAAGGGGGACCUGAGAAGACCACGCCCACUGUGGACCUGUUGAGUGAGUUUGACAAGUUCCAAGGACUUGCUCAUUUGGAAGCACUAGAGAUGUUGUCACGUGACAGUGAGGUUAAGGUGAGUGCGUUAGAAUAUCAUAAAAGUUAGCUUGAUUGACAGAUGCACAAAGACGAAGAGGGGUGGGGAUGACGGCAAGGAGCACUCAAAAGGGGAGGACCAGGAAGUUUUUUUGGUCCUAUCUCUUCACCGACGACCAAUAGGCAACAUUCGAUACAUUAAAAUUCAGCAUGAUAGCAAGUUUUAGAGGGCACAAUCAAAGAAAAUGAAUAAACCUUUGUUUGUAUCCUCUAAGACUCGCUAUUAUGCUGAAUUUUGAUAUGUCGAAAGUGGCCUAUUCUCAUUACCCCUUAUCUUCUAUGUUCUCUUGUAAGACCUGCCACUCACUGUACUUCCACUCAUAGCAAAAACAGAUAAGGUGAUAAGCCAAUUAGACAAUAAUUAUUGGAAUGCCCAGCACACAUAAGUGGGGUAACUUGGGCGAGCAAAUAUUGGCAAUGGACUUUUGACUAGUCGAAUAAGGACAGUAAGUGGGGCAAGUUUUCUUAACCACUCACAAAGGAUGAUAACGCUUAAGUCAAACUUAUGUGCAUUUUAUAAGACAACUGUAACAAGGUCAUUGUGUUUUGUUGUCAGCUGGAGUCUCACAUCAUCGAUUUAACAGAGGAGGAACUUGCUGCAGUCAAACCCCUGCUACGAGCUGUGGAGGAAGUAUUUCACAUUGACGAAAACGAUGGUGAUGAUGAUCUCACUGAGGGAGAAUUCAAAUCUGAAGUUGUAGAAAACGUCAAGUCCCUCAAUUUACCUUUUUCAGCAGACAAAAUAUUAGCCUGUCAGGAAAAAGCUCGAGCAUGGAUAACAACAUGUGUACAGGAACAAGACAGCACACCUGGAAGCAAAGAAGGACUGGAAAUCUAUAGUGAAGCAGUGUCCAGUAUGGCGGAACUUACAGCACGCUCUGUUGAACUGUUUCAUAAGUUUACUGAACUUUUACUUCAUAAAGUAGAACAGCCCGCACAAACAUCCUCUUUAGUGCGGGCACAGUGCAUGCGUAGGAUGACAGAGACAGUUCUGGAGGAGAUUUCUGCACAGGCUACACACUUUGCUGGUUGUUUGAAUACCGCUGCUGAUGACUCAGAUAACCCAGACUCAGUAAAUUCAUUGAUAACGACUUUGUAUCUUGAUUCAUCCACUAGUGCAGACUAUCUGCGGAACUCUCUCAAACUUCUGCGACCAGUAUUGCAGCUUUCAUCACUAAAUGAGAAGGAUGCGUCGUGAUAAAUUAUAUAGAUGGCUCUAAUACUACGGAACCACGCCCUUAAGUAAAACUAACCUUUCCAGCUCUAGCGCAUUUUUUCUGUAUCAUGAUAAAGCUAACCUUCUCCUUUUCGCGGCUGUCAUGAUCUAGUUAGUUGAUUGCUAAAACUCACUUGUGUGGGAUAUUGUGAAAGGUGUAUGAACGAAUGGGCUGGUGGAGGGUAACAUGGAUGGCAAGAGGAUGAAAUAUCAAGCUCAAUAAAG